AUGACGUUCUCUGGGAACAUGAAAGAAAGCAAACCUCGAACCGACACAUGGGAGACGGAGCUGGGAUACGGUUGGUCUCGUAAGGAGCAGCGUCGUUGUAGAGCCCACAGGCCGCCGGAGUCCACGAUGUCUGUAAGCAGUGACAUCAGGUUCACACGACGCAAAUUAAGCAGACCUUGUCGAGGAUGCUGUGCUGCUCUUGCAGCUCUCCUCGUCCUUUUGCUGCUCGGUGCUGUUGCUGUCUACCUCGGCCAUAUGUAUCUAUUUGGAGAUCCAUUGAACCGACAAACGUUCAGAGGAUCUUUUGUAGUAUCCACAUGGGAUUCGAGUGACGAAAUGCUAUCAGACUCGAAAAAUGGUACCCCUGAAAUCCUAGCUUUAGACAGCGUGUCAGAAGGGACUCGGGUUCACUUCGAAGUUUCCUUCGAGCCUAUCUUCACAGCAGUCAGCACGCCAGAAGUAGCCGCCGUCAUAGAACGGGAGCUUGAAACGCCUUUCUUUCAAAAUAUAGGAGUUUUAGCUGAAACUUUACAUAUUGAGGAAAGCUCGAUUAUAUCUUCUCAAGCAUUAAAAGAGGGUGAUAUAACAAGUACAGAGGCACCUACCACAGAGGAAAUAACAUUAGAAAUAGAAGAAGAGUUCCGGGAAUGCAGUCCACUAAGCCUGCCUCUGUGUUCUCACCUACCCUAUAACACGACUUCAUAUCCAAACCUAGUUGGACACACGUCUAAGGAAGUUCUACUUAGAGAUCUUGUCGCAUUCAGAGAACUCCUAGAUGCGGAAUGUUCCAAUCUAGCGCAAGAUUUCGUAUGUCAAAUGUUACAACCGCGAUGCGAGGACGAUCACGUGAUCCGUCCUUGUCGGGCGUAUUGUCGCGCCUUCCACGCAGGUUGCGGGUCACGGCUGCCCGACCGACUAAGGCCACACUUCGACUGUUCGAGAUUUCCCGGACUACUUCGGACCAGGAUCAUGCCUUCCUGA